AUGAAGACUUCUCUUCCAUACCUUCUAACUCCAGGUCACGCCCAGGAAGGGGCAUGGCAGAACCCACACCAGUUCCCUACUCUGCCUUGGCCUCCUCUGGCCAACUCUAAUUAUGAAUCUCCUGUGAGUCAGCUGGGAAGCAUGCAGAAUAUGAGCUUGGGGCUCUCAUUCAUAUUAGCUGGGAUUUUCCUUAGUAAUAGUAGAUCAGAGGCUUUUCCAUUCUUUAGUGAUGAGCUUACUUUAGGUAAAAUCUUCUAAGAGUAUAGGAGAAAUUUCUUUUGGAAGUUUCAACUUACUUGCAGCGCAUCGGCGCCCCUCCUGCGCUCUGCCGGGGACCAGGUGGCGGUUGGCGGCGGCCGGCCAGGACAAUCGGAGCCUGCCAGGGCGCCGAUCCGCUUGCUCCCGGAGUCCGAGAGGCCGGGUUCGCCGGCCGGUGCGGCUUCUCCGAGCGAGCGGAGCCCCGGCCUCGCAGUCCGCUUUGUUGGAGUGCUGUCCGAGAGAUUCUCUCGAGAGGUUUAG